AGCGAGUGCUUUCCAAUCAAAUGCAGUUCAGAGAAAUAGAGAUCACUUAAAACAGUGGGGGAGAGACCAGCAGCGCUUAUCCCAGUCUUUAAGUGAUUUUAAUUUUCUUGUUUAAGCCCCUUUAUUUGCAAAGUUGUUCCUUAGUAAUUCCACACACACACCCCUUCCCUCCCUCCCUGCGUGUCCAGUCGAGGAUGACUCCUGCCGGCUGUCUGUUUCUCUGGGCUACCUUGCUUAUCCUGGGCUCCCCGAGCGUUCACACCGCCAGAUCCAAAAUCAACUCCAUCAAAUCUCCGGCGAGUGGGCAAGCCGCCGACCACAUACCCCCGGUCAACCGGUCUGUCGGCUUGCAGCCGGGCAGGCUGAGUAAGAAGAACCCCAUCGCCAACCAGAAUCAGGCAUGCAGCAAUGAUAAAGAGUGUGGACCCAGUGGGUACUGUCAUCAUUCACACCAUCAAGGCUACCCAUCCUGUGUAUCCUGUAGGAGAAGGAAGAAACGAUGUCAUAGAGACUCAAUGUGCUGCCCAGGAAACUACUGCAGUAACGGUAUCUGUGUACCCAUUCUUGAAAGUACCAGUCGCAGAACCCUCCCCGGGGACAUACAAGAGCACACCAAGAAGGGAACCCACCAUGGAUCCAAGGGCACGUAUUGGCAGAUUGUGGGAAACACACAGGCGAAACCAUCACGUGAGAAAGGUCACGAAGGGGACUCGUGUUUGCGCUCCUCAGACUGCGCAGAAGGGUUCUGCUGUGCUCGCCACUUUUGGACCAAGAUCUGUAAGCCAGUCCUCCGCCAAGGGGAAGUAUGUACAAAGCAGAAGAGGAAGGGUUCGCAUGGUUUGGAGCUUUUCCAACGCUGUGACUGUGCAAAAGGACUAGCCUGUAAAAUCUGGAAAGAGGCCAAAUCAAGGUUGCACAUCUGCCAGAAAAUCUGAGUAUGGCGGGAUUCCACUUCGGCCCUGAGACUGUGAAGCAAGGUGCUUUUGUCGGAGCACAUUGUGUAAAUAAUACAGGAUUUGUUCAAGUGCCAUUUCUCUCACCAGAGUUCAUCCAUGCUUAAUGUAAAAGCACAUAGAGGACCAGGGCUGAAGACCACAGCACAUCCAUUCUGUUCAUUAUAUAAUAGCCUACCACAUCCAAAUUAAUUGAAGACAGUCAGUAACCUUAGUGGGGAGUGUUGAGUUUAGUCUUUCAUUUACUAUUCCAUUUAUAAAGUCUAUGAAAAAGCGUAAUUCUCAGGAUGUAGGCAUUGCAGAAAGGGUGGCCAUUUUUAACCCCUCCCUAGCUGCUCCUUGAGCUGAUGGUAGUUUUGAACUGUUUCAGUCAGUGGUGAAGGUAUUGAGGCAUUGAAGGUAUCGAUUAUUGAUUCAAAUAAUUAUAACACAAAGUAAGUCUCUGCAAAUGUCUUUCCACAUUCUUGCCUCGUUGCUUCUACACUGGCAUUUUGAAUGAUUUCUUCUUGUGAUCAAUGCAAUGUCAUCUGUAUAUUGACUAUCACAAGCUCUGCAAUGGUUCAGCCUUCUUCUGUAACCAUUGCAGUCCCUUUGGAUCUCAAAAACUGUAUGAUCCCAUUUAACAGAUCCACACAAUUGUUAGUAUUACACAGUGAAACGCUCUGCUUAUAAUUCAGUGAAUUUCCUACAACAGUGACUGAGUAUACCAGACCAUGAAAAUAAGUUAAUUUACAGUUCCAUUGUCAGUGACAUAAUUGACAAACGCAGACUUGAGGAAUAUAGGAAGAGGAGUAGACCAUUCAACCCCUUCACCUCCUAUGCCAUUUAAUCAGAUCCCGGCUGCCGUGUACCUCAGUGUACUCACCAUUUCUGUUUAAUAGCCUGGGAUUCCCACAGUUGUUCACUGAAUUAAUUCACAAAUAUCACAAAAGGUAGCAAUGAUGCAACAAAAUAAAAAACAAUUAGAGGAGAGUAUAUGCUAACUUAGCUCAACUAAGAAUAAAUAUUAAUGUAUCAUUAACAUAAUGCCAACCAAAAUGUGAGAAGGCCAUUUUAAAUUAAUGACUAACUACAUGGUUGAAGUUAUCGGGUCUCAUCACGUUGACUGAAAUGGGCUAAUGGGCCUGUUAAUCAAAUUCUUUUUUCAGCCUACCAUACAAGUCUUUAUUUCUCUUCCAUGAUGUUUAAACUAAUGAAUAUAUUUUGAAAAACAAAGUAAAGAAAGACAUUGUGGUCAAUUUGAGGGUGGCAUAUGUUAAUUUGUGGUGUAGUAAAUCUGUCAUUACUUUAUAUUGUCCAGAUUUAUGUAAAACGGGUUAAAAUCUAUUAAUACUGGGAAGAAGAUGGUGACAGACUCAGAGCAGACAGACAGACUGGUAGGAUGGACAAAUGUUUAAUCAAGUUUAAUGCAGUGAAGUAAUGUAUUCUGGAAUGAAGACUGAGGAGAAAUGUUAGAGAUCUAAAGGGUCACAGGCACAGAUUCUAGGAUAUGGCCAAAUAAUUUGACAAGGAUAUUGAAAUAAAAAGGGAUCCUUGGCUUUAUAAAUAGAGUCACAGGGUGCAAAAGAAACAAACUUAUGGCAAAAUUUUAAGAAAACACUGGCUUAACUUCCAAUGGAAGAAUUGUGUCCCAUUCUGGGCAACAUCACUUUGGAAUGAUGUUAAAACCUCGGAAAGGGUGCAGCGGACAUUGAAAAAGAUGCUCCCAGUGAUAAGCAACUUCAAUGAUAUAGAGACACUAGUCCCACAGUAAUACGAAUAUAAGAUGAUAAGAACUAGGAGCAGGAGUAGGCCACUUGGCCCAUUGAGGUGGUUCUGCAAUUUAAUAAGAUCAUGGCUGAUCUUUUCAUGAACUCAGCUCCACUUACUUGCCUUAAUUCCUUUACUGUUCAAAAAUCUGUCUAUCUUUGCCUUAAAAACAUGCAACAAGGUAGCCUCAACUGCUUCAGUGGAAUUCCAGAGAUGAUCCUUCUCCUUAGAGCAGAAUACAUUAAGGGAGGAUUUAAAAGACAGUCUCAAAUUUAAGAAGUGGACUACAGAGGGAGAAAUUAUUUCCACGAUUGACAACCAGAAGAUGCAGGUGGAGGUAAUUGAUAAAAGAACGAGGAAGGAGAUGAGGUGAAAUUAUUUUACACAGUUAGUUGUUAUGAUCUGGAACGCAUUUUCUGAAAGGAUGUUGAAAGAAGAUUCAAUAAUAACUUCAAAAGGUAACUGGAUACGUAAUUGAAAUUGAAAGUCUUGCAGAACUCUGAGGAACGAGCAGCAUGAGUUGAUCUAUUUGAAUAGCUUUUACAAAGCUUCUGUGCCAUGUGAUUCUGUUUAUACUGAUCUGUUUUCCAAUUCUUACCUCUUGUUCAACGUGAACGAUUGAACGAUUAACAUGGGGCACAUGUUAAAAAUCAGAUCAAGCCCUUUGAAACAGUUGUGUUACCUGGAGGCAGAAAGGAUUGAAAGAGAAGUGACAAGGGAGGUUAGUGGGGUUGAUCUUUCAAAAGGCCUCAGUCAUCCUCUGUUCCUGCAGGUUCUAUUUGAUCUCAAUAUUUUCAAUUCAACAGAGCAGCAACAUAAUUUGCACUCAUGUUGAUAUCUUCAUCGUGAAACCUUAGAGAUCUUGACCUGGCCGUUUCAGACAGACAAAACGGUUACAAGCAGAAUAACGCACAAUAAAACGAAUGACAACUCUAAAAAGAAAACAUUGCUUUCUUCUGGAGCAGAACUGGGAUGCUAGCAAAGUGGAAACCCAUUACGCACCAUUCCAAAAAUUUUCUUUUCCAUUUUCAGUUCUGUUGUGAAAGUGAGCUGCCGGUUUGCUGGGAGCCCUAGGUAAAAACAAUGACUCCAGAUGCUGGAAACCAGAGUCCAGAUUAGAAUGGUGCUGGAAAAGCACAGCAGUUCACGCAGCAUCCGAGGAGCAGGAAAAUCGACAUUUCAGGCAAAGGCCCUUUAUCAGGAAUACAUGGAGCCCCAUGCAGCAUUAGUAAUGUUGCCUCCAAGUUAUCUUAAAAGAGACUUUCCAUUUAAGCAUGCUAACAUACGAUGUAAGUACAUAUCAGGAAUUUGCACAAUUCCUGUAAUAAAAUUAAUGAAUGCAGGAUCAGGGUCCGUAUGUCUGAAGUGCACAUUACUGGCAGGUACUGGGAAUAGAAACCUCCCCUAAUGGUGUUCACUUGGGAUCAGAUAACCUAGUUAGACUUCACAGAUCCAGUCAGAUGCACACACCUGCUAAUGUUUAAUGUAACUUCACCCCUGCGGUAGCCAGUGAAUAUGCAACAGGAGGAAUUGUCACAAUGCUUACAGUUUGGGGCAGUGGGUGAAAAUUUUGAGAGCCAGGUUUAGCAAAGAAAGAAAAGACAGGUUGAUUCACGAUUUAUAGUCUAAAAAUAGAAAAGGCUGUGUUAUCAAGACAGAGAAGCAAAAAUGAAACCUGUAAGUGACGGCUGAACCUUUUCAAUGUAAAUUUGUACAGGAUUUUAUGUACAGUAUUGUAAGCCAAAACUUGGGGCCUUAAAGAAAUAAAAUCAAGCCAGUUCCUUUUUUUCAGCAGUGCAUGCUCAGUUCAGGCUUGCUGGGACUGCAUGGAACUUGCUUUUGUUUUGUUUAAGAGUUCCCUACAAAUAUCAAAAUAUAUUGUUAAUAUGAGGACACCCUGAGGGUUGAAAGCACAUAAAGGGCGCAAUGAAGUAUGUAUUAUUGAUGAAAAAUGCUUUCUACAAUAGAUGUAACAUAAAUAAGGCUAUUUUCAUUUUCCCUUCUUACUCCAACACAUAACAACAGUGAGUACAGAAGAAUGAAUAGCAAAACAAUAUUUGAAAGCAUGUUGUAGAGAAUAAUGGGAGUGUUUACUAGAAAAUCAUCUCAUUUAAAAAAAAGAGUUCAAAUUGUUUAUUAAUCACUUGAAUUUUGUUCUUACUGUUUAUCUAUCUUCACCUGUAUCCCUUGAUGAGAUUAUUUUCCUUGUAAUCAUUUCACAGUUAGUUUCCUAAUAGCUACAGCAGUGCUGUUGAUGAUAUAAUGAUUAACUUUGUGAUUGGUCAGUCUGCGGUAUGUUACUAAGAAAUGGCACAGUGUCAAUGUAAUACAGACAGCCAUAGGUUGAAUGGGUGCAGGGAUGGGUUUCCAAGCUGGUUUGGGACCUGUGUGUGCACAACUAGACCUGACUCUUCCAGAGGACCUUGAUUCAUCUCUGCUGCAUCCCACUGACUAUUAUUUUGAGUAAAGUAUGCAAGUACUACACCGUGUUGUCCCACUGUAAAGGAAGAUUGGCCCAUUACAAUUGAGGAAGAGUUAGGAAAUGAUAAACAUCAGCUUGAUUUCAGUGAUGUUACAGUUGUCAGGGAUGUAAAAUUGCAGAUGAAUAAAUUGUCAGAUUACACUUGUUCGCAUAAACAAAGAUUUCAGAGCAGGAGAAUUAGGGGGUGAAGUACCAAGUGCAUGUUAUAAUAAAGCUUUUAGUUUUUUUAUUCACUUUGUGGCAACAAUUAAUCAUGGUUUGCUGAACAAAGUUAAAUGAAAACUGUUAUCUCAUUGCCCAAUUUCUUAAUUGCUUAAAAAGUAGUCAUUAUAAUCAGAGAAUAUCCUUAAAGUUUUGCACUUACUUUCUCAAGCAGUCAUCACAGAUUUCAGAGGAUUGAAGAAAUCUUAAUAUUUUACUGAAUUCUAUCAUCAAAGGUAUUAGAACAUUGAAACAACGUAAUCAAACUGUCUUGCUGUAGAAUUCUUAUAUUCGUUGUCAGUGUUGCAUUCAAGAGCUGUUAAUAUCAUUCAACAGGAAUUGAUUAUAUUCAAUUAUUGUAUUUUUCCAAAUUUUAGAAUGAAUAACGAUUUUUUGUAU